ACGCUGCAGCGGGGCCGUGGCGGAGCGGUGGCUGCAGGGAGCUCCGGUUCCCGGGGCGGCCGGUUCCGGGCGGGCCGCAUGGGGAGGAAGCGGGGCGCGGGGCUGGGCCGCUGCCUGCAGCGGAGCGCGGGGCGCCGCGGGGCCACCUCAUGGCGGCACGCCAGCGAGGUGGGCGACGAUGCUGGCCCCGAGCAGCGGUCGGCGGUGGAGCAGAGCCCGCUGGAGGAGUUCCUGGCCACGGCCGAGCUGGCCGGCACCCGCUUCGUGGCCGAGCGGCUGAACAUCCAGUUUGUGUCUGCCCAGACCCGCACCGGCCUCCUCACAGCCCAGGAGGCCCAGCACGUCCAGCAGCUGCAUGAGGAGAACCGGCAGUUCCUGCGCAUCCCGCGGAGGCCAUAUUGGGAUAGGACAACCAGUGCAGAAGACUUGAAACAAGCUGAGAGAGAGAGCUUUCUCGAAUGGAGACGACAGCUUGCCCAUCUUGAGGAAGAAAAAAAGUUAAUUCUAACCCCAUUUGAACGGAACUUGGAGUUUUGGCGUCAACUUUGGAGAGUCAUUGAAAGAAGCGACGUUGUAGUCCAGAUUGUGGAUGCUCGAAACCCCCUCCUGUUUAGAUGCCAAGAUCUGGAAAGUUACGUUAAGGAAGUCAGCAGUGACAAGGAGAACAUGAUUCUGAUAAACAAAGCGGAUUUGCUGAGUGAAGAGCAGCGGGCUGCUUGGGCACAGUUCUUUGAGAAAGAGGGCAUAAAAGUGGUGUUCUGGUCAGCUUUGGCAGAGUGCAGACGGCUAUCUGGAGAAGAAAAGGAACUAGGUACUGAAGAUGUAGCAGAGGACCUGAGUGAUUCUGAGGAGGAAAGCUCCAGUCAAGAAGAAGAUGACACAGCAGACAAUAGUGCAGAAAGCACAUCCACAGGCAGUGCUUUGCAAAGCCAAGUUCUGGUCAGUGAUGAUGACAGUAGUGACGAAUAUGAAGACUGUGAAGAUGAUGAAGAGGAUGCCUGGCAAACCUGUUCUGAAGAUGAAGGUGGGGACAAAGUAAAUGGUAUUGCCCCAAAGAGGAUAGAAAGCAGAACUGAUGGUACUGCAGUGCAGGAGCAGAACAGGAACAUCAGGAACUUCAGCCAUCUGGUACAGAGAAAUGAACUGCUGGAAAUCUUCAAAACCAUGCACAAUGGACCAAGGGUGAAGGACGGGGAAGUAAAUGUUGGACUGGUGGGUUACCCUAACGUAGGAAAAAGUUCGACCAUCAACACAAUCCUUGGAAAUAAGAAGGUGUCAGUGUCUGCUACACCAGGACGUACAAAACACUUUCAGACCCUGUAUGUGGAGCCUGGCCUGUGCCUCUGUGACUGCCCUGGUCUGGUGAUGCCAUCUUUCAUCUCCACCAAAGCCGAGAUGAUUUGUUCUGGAAUCCUGCCUAUAGACCAGAUGAGGGACCAUGUCCCCCCCAUUUCUUUAGUUUGCCAGCAUAUCCCACGAAACAUUUUGGAAGCAACCUAUGGAAUAAGUAUCAUAAGGCCAAGGGAAGACGAGGAUCCAGAUAGAAAGCCAACAGCUGAAGAGCUGCUAACAGCAUAUGGACAUAUGAGAGGCUUUAUGACAGCCCAUGGACAGCCAGACCAGCCAAGAUCAGCUAGAUACAUGUUAAAAGACUACGUCAAUGGGAAGCUGUUAUAUUGCCAUCCACCUCCUGGCAUUGACCCAAAUGAUUUUCAGCACCAGCAUGAAAGACGCCCAGACAGCAGAACUGUCCAGGCCAGCAGGCAGGUGAAGCCUGAGAAGAAUACCAACGUAAAACAAAUUGAAAAUGUGGUGGACAAAACGUUUUUCCACCAGGAGAAUGUUCGUGCCCUGAUGAAAGGCGUCCGGGCUACAAUGGGGUACCGGCCUGGCAGUGGCCUCGUGUCUGUGCCUACAGCCAAUUCUGGGAAUGUGGUGGGAAAGCCCUGGAAAAAACAUGGGAACAGGAACAAGAAGGAGAAAGUUCGCAGGAUCACUAAGCAUCUGGAGGCUUAGCUGUGCCACUGGUAUCUGGCUUUCCCAAGGCAGGGUCUGCACUGUCCUGCAGGCAUGAACUAAGUGGGCAUCACUAGCUCACCUGCAAGCUCUGUGCUGGUUGGUCUUGAUAAGAAUGGCCUCUGACACUCGGAGCUCAUCUUUGCUGAGAACAAAAGAGACCCGGCUAUUCAUGUUAUCUGGAAGUCAGCCCGGACAUUUGACUGCUGCUGAGAAGUCCUUUCAGUGGUAGAAGAUAGGUGCACAAGUGUUUUUUCCUUCCAUAAAGGAUGUAUUUUGUAACUGUUGGGAUCAAAGCUAGCCCUGUAAAACUGACUAAAAUCUUUAAAUAGUUGAAUCUUAAUGAGUGAUGUUUAUUACACUGUGAGACACUAUUGUUCAUCUCCUGUUUUUGUAAGCUUGUUUGCUGAUUUGACAGAAUACUUCAGAGUGUUGAUAAAUUACUUUAAAAAAAAACCUUUAUUGCCUUCUUCCUUUUCUGCUCUGUGAGCCCUAUUCUGUGAAAUCCUGCACUGAAACCACUUCCUAUCUCCCAGCCUAAGGCAGAGCAGAGCACGGAAUGCCAUGCGAGGAAAAUGCUGCUUUUGUGUCCUUCACACUGAGCUGGUAUCAGUUGUGUUCCUGUGUGACUUCCCACUGGUAUUUUAAAACAUCAGUUCCACGUGGCUGGCAAAAAAAAAAAAGGUGCUCAUUUGUCCUAAAACAUAUUUAGGAUUUUACUUCA